AUCUCCACCUCACUCUGGCCAUGCCACAUCACUUCUUACUUCAUCUUGCAGCUCCGGGGAGAGACACUCAUUACUUUGGCUCAUCACUGUGUUAACUGUGAUAGUGCUCUUUAGUGCUGGGAUUGUGAUCAAGCUGUACAAAACCAGUAGCUCCCAGAGACGACGAAGCGAUCUACUCCACAGGCUCACUAGGGAAUCUAUAUCAGGAACUCAAGACAUCUAUACAGUCAGUAAAAUAUCUGUCCAAAAAAACCAAACAAUCACAAUCCCUUGCUUAUAUGACAAUAAAUAUGUCAAUGACAACAAAUAUGUGAGUUCUGGAGGUGUUUGGAUGUUCAGUAAGGCCGUAUCCCACAGCAGACUGUCUGUCGUGGACCAACCAACAGAGAACGUGUUCACGGCGACGCUGAGAGAAGCUGAAGUGGGUGACUCCGGCACGUACUGGUGUGCGGUCCUCCUGUCAGGAUAUGAUCCUUACACGCAUCUUUACCUGCAGGUCACAGAAGCGGAAGCAAAGCUCCGUGUCUCCAGUCAGAGCGUGUCCGGUUACGAAGGAGGAAACCUCACCGUCCUCUGUCACGGAGCCUCACGCUGGUACAGGAUUGGGAGAGAUGGAGCAGAUCCAGCGAGGACCGCAGUGGACGCCGACGGUGGGGCCGUUCUGAGCGUGAGGCUGUGGAAGCUGCAGAAAGAGGACAGUGGAUGGUAUUGCUGCUCCGAUCACGAUUCACAGAUGCCCGUUCACCUCACUGUGAUGGAGGCCCCGGAUAUUACCCGCUGUACACCGACCUCCUCUUUAACCCCCACGCUUCCCGGUGAAGACAGGACGUUUUUGUGGCUCUUCAUUCUGGGGCCGAUGCUGGCCUUUCCGGUCUGUGGAGCUGUGAUCCUGAUCAGAGCAAGGAACAAGAGAAAACAAAGAGCAGAAACCUCAGGUCUUCAUCAUGAUGAUAAGAACAAACAGCAUCUGCUCAAAAAAACUUUGAACAGCGGUGAGGUUACGUCUGAAAAUCUCUAUGAAUUCAAGACUGAAAAUAAACCAAACGCUCAGGAAAAUGCAAAAAACCAUGAGGUUUCGUGUGAAGAUCUCUAUGAAUCCAUGACUGAAAAUAAACCAAACGCUCCGGAAAAUGCAAAAAACAAUGAGGUUUCGUGUGAAAAUAUCUAUGAAUCCAUGACUGAAAAUAACCAAAACACCAGAUGGGAAGAUUAUGAGGUCCCAUGUGAAGAUCUCUAUGAAACCAUGACCGGAACCAAAUGGGAAAACGACAUGGUUGCAUGUGAAGAUAUCUAUGAAACUAUGAAUGGAAUUAAGCAAAACCCUCAGAGACCUUGA